AUGACCGCAGUUCUUAGAUCUCUCAAAUUCUUAGAGUUUAAAGUAUCUACCUCAGAAAAAAUACCUCACUCUUAUUUUAAAGAGGUUUUAGCCCAACAUUGGCAACUAAAACAUUAUCUGAGCUUUCGUUUAAGACUUGACGAAACUAUUUGCCGUGGUCUACAAUAUACGAGUGCCAUUGUUCUCCAAGGCUGUGAGAAGUUUUAUCAACGAAGUAUUGAUCUGCAAAUUGCUGAAAGACGUCGACUCUUGGAAACAACAAUAUUUUCGGAACAAAAGUUUACGGAAUUCUUACAAGCAUCGGGUCAAAAGCGAAUAAUGGAGGAUAUUGAAAAUGCUGCAUCGUCCAAUGAAAAGCGUGGAAGAACAAGUAAAAGACCAACAACUACAGCAAGAUCAACACCCGUGGCAAGACUAACACUUUUAGAAAGGCUUACAACCACAGCAAGACUAAUACGAAGGAUCACACUACCAUAA